AUGUCGAACCAGACGGUAUAUUUCGUCACUGGAACCACGCAAGGAAUCGGCUACGAAUUCGUGCGCCAGCUGCGCGAGCGCCCGGGGGCGAUUGUGUUCGCGACGUCGCGGGACCCGGAGCGGGCGACGAAGCUGCAGGCCCUGACGGACCGGGGGAACGUGCACGUCGUCAAGAUCACCAAGCAGCCCGAGGCGGUGCAGGAGGCGAUCGAGGCGGCGGCUCUGGUGAAGAAGGUCGCGGGAAAGGUGGACGUGGUGGUGGCCAACGCGGGCAUCAUCGGACACGAGACCAGCAUCGCCGACGCGCCCGUGUCCCAGUACCAGGACUUUCUGGACGUGAACCUGCUCAACAACAUCGCCUUGUUCAAGGCGCUGCGGCCUCUGCUCCUCGAGUCGGCGCGCCAGGGCAACACGCCCAAGUUCGUCGCCAUCAGCACGCAGUACGGGUCGCUGGCCAUGGUGGAGGACCUGCCGGGCCAGUCGUCGGCGUACGCCGUGUCCAAGGCCGCGCUCAACAUGUUCAUCCGGCACAUAGCCUACGAGGAGAAGAAGAACGGCAUCGUCGCGUUCCCCAUGCACCCGGGCGUCGUGGCCACCGAGACCGUCGCCCCGCUCGCCGAGCGCAUCGGCCUCGCCACCAUCGAGCCCGCUGAGAGCAUUCGCGGCAUGAUGAAGAUCAUCGACCGCGCCACCGUCGCUGACGAGGUGCGUCUGUGGAGGUACGACGAUACCCAUCUCCCAUGGUGA